AUGGGAGUUCAAGCGGACUUCCUUAUUCUGUAUGGAUCACACACUGGACAGGCGGAAUGCAUAUCGAAACAGAUCAAGGAAAAAGCCGAAAUAGUGGGGCUUAAACCUUGCCUCUUCACUCUAGAUGACAAUGAGAAAGAGUUCCACAUUGAAGAAGAAAAUCUUGUAGUCAUUGUGGUGUCCUCUACGGGUGAUGGAGACCCACCGGAGAACGCUUCACGCUUUUGGAGACGGAUAUCAAGAAAAACUUUGGAGUCAAAUUUUUUGGAAAAGCUCGAUUACGCUCUGCUAGGUAAGCUUGAUUUCAAUGUUUCCUCCCGUAUCUCCCAUUUCAGUGGGAGCAAUAGAAUGCUGUUAGAAUUGGGUUCGGUCUGCUUUGUAUCGAAUAUCUAUAUGUUCGAUAAAGAUCUUUCAAAGCGACUUGGAGUUGAAAUUUUCCUAUUUUUCUUUAUUUCAUCUUCUCAUCUUCGGCUUAUCUUACUACUUUCAGGCCUUGGUGACUCGAAUUAUUCAACUUUCCAAGGUGUCCCCAACAAGAUCGACAAACGUCUCAAGUUUCUUGGCGCUUCGCCGAUAGUCGAAACAGGACAUGCUGAUGAUCAAGUAGGGUUAGUUAACGUUUCCCCAGAAAAUGUUCUGGUUUUCAGCAUUUGUCUAGUGUAUGUAGAAAUCCCUUUUGAACACCUUUGUAAGGAGGUUUUCUUCUGUAUUCCGUUGGAGCUGGUGGUGGAACCGUGGAUUGAGAACCUUUUUCAAGUGCUUGUUAAGCGCUUCAACCUCAAUCCCGAUGUUCUACAACAAUUAAACUCUAAGGUGGAAAUCUCGCAAAAGAGAGAAGUUCCCGAAAAAGUCGGCGCUGAAGGAGUCGCUUUGAAGCAGCCCAAGCUGAUUUUAUCGCCUCAACCUUUCAAAUAUCCGGAAGUUUCUUUGAUCAAAGGAAAUGAUAAGUUGUCAAAUGAUCCCGCACUUCGUGUUCCCGUUGCACCGCAGGAAUUCCUGGCUUCAACCGUGUCGCACGAGAAACUCGAGCAAAAUCAUGGUAUUCCGUGGCAAAAUGGAGCCAAAAUGGUCGGAGUGGCUAGUGCGCCUUAUGAGGUCACUGUUGUUGGUGCUGCUCGUCUGACGGAUUUGGAUGUGACGAAACCAAAAUAUGAGCUAGUGCUCGACUUGGGAGUUCAUCACUCCAAUCUCCCCUAUGAACCGGGCGAUGCUUUCUAUUUUGUGAUUCCAAACUCAUCAAUGGAAGUGAACUUUAUCCUGGACAGAAUGAACUUGCUCUCUGUCGCUGACCAGAAGUGCAUCGUGUCUAUAAAUCCGAACACUCAGAAGAUAAACCCUGUCUUACCUGCCCAUGUUCCUCCUGAGAGUUCGAUACGGCAUCUUUUCACUUAUUGCCUUGAUAUAAGAAGAACGCCAGGACGGCCUGUGCUGCGGGCGCUUGCCGAAAGUGCAACUGAUGAAGGAGAAAAACGUCGUUUGCUAGAGCUCACCAGUGCUCAAGGUCUCUCAGAGUUCAAUUCAUUUGUUAGGCAGCCAGGAUUGUCCCUUGCUGAUAUAUUAUUUGCAUUCCCAAGUGUAACUCCUUCUGCGGACAGAUUGAUAGAACUUCUUCCGCGUCUCAUCCCGAGGUCAUACAGCGUGUCAUCGUGUCGUGGACGUCGUGUUCGGUUCAUUUAUUCUGUAAUGACUUUCACAGCAGAGGACGGACGAAGGUACGCACGAAAAGGUGUGGCAACCGAGUACCUGUUGGGGCUGAAAGUGGAUGAUAGAGUGCAGAUAAUGCAUAAGGAACCAGCUCGCUUCCGUCUUCCACCGCCUCCACUGCCAUCUGCUUGUGCUGGGGAUAUGCCACUCAUAAUGGUUGGACCGGGCACUGGAGUCGCGGUGUUCCUAGCUUUCUGCCAACACCUUUUGAACAUGAAACUAAGCGAUCCUGAAAAUUUCCCUGCUGUGCCACGAUACCUAUACUUCGGGUGUAGGAAUAUGGAAAAGGAUGCCCUAUAUUUAGAUGAACUGAAGUCAUAUGUUCGUGAGGGAAUUUUGACAGAGUUGAUUCUGUGCGAAAGUCAAGGGAAUGGUACUUAUCCUAAAUACGUGCAAGAUGCGUUGAAAGAAAGGUCAUCGCAGGUCUGUGAAUUUUUGUCCAAUUCUGGAAGCGAUGUACCAUCUCGGGUAUACAUUUGUGGUGAUGCUAAGGGCAUGUCAAAGAGCGUAUGGCAGUGUUUUCAUGAUAUCAUCAAAGAACAAAUGGGUAAUUUUUGCUUUUUUUUUUUUGAAAGAGCUACAUUUCGAUCAUAG